CAAAGGGCAACUUUUUAAUAAUGUACUGUUCAAAAUGGCAUCUAUAAGCAUUGAGAUUCCACAAGAUGAAACUAUACAGAAGGUUGCUAAAGAAGGAUUGGAAGCUAGAAAUCUUGUCAAUUGGAUUUCUGAUGGCACAUUUGAAGAUGUAAAAACAUCUAAGAAGCCUCCAACUUCUCCCCGUCCUCAGUCUGUUUCCCCUAAACCUGCUCUGGGUGAUACAAGUAAGAUGAAAGAUUUUAAGUUUCCACAAACCUCUAAACGAAGGACAACCCUAUCAAGGCCUAAAAAUAGAUUGAGAUCAGCAUCCGCUGGUAGAAAUCCAGAAAAAGAUCUCAGAACUCGUUAUUGGACAUUCUUAUUUGAAAAUUUGCAUCGAGCAGUUGAUGAGAUUUAUCAAACCUGUGAGAUGGAUGAAAGUAUUGUAGAGAGUAAGGAAGCGAUAAUGAUGCUAGAAAAUUACAGUAAAGACUUUCAUGCUUUGAUUCAAUACAUAAAUAUAAACAAAAAUUAUGAGAAAACAGCUCCUCCAAACAGACCAACUUCACUGGCAUGGGAAGUUAGAAAGUCAUCUCCUGGAAAAUCAUUGCUAAAGAAUGUUUUCAUAGAAAAGCUUACUGCUGGAAAUUGCCAGGCAAAGCGAGUUUUGUGCUUUGAUUCAGCCAUUAAUUCUUCUGAAAAUGAAGGAAUUAAAGCUGCAAAAGUUUCAAACCAAGAGUCCCCUAUACAGACAGAAACACAAACUGUGUUAAAUGAAGAAAAUUCUUUAGUUGAAGUUUAUAAUAAUGUUAAUAAGACUGAAAUUUUGAAUCAAAAAAAUAUGGUUGCCAAUAAUUGUGAUAUAAAAAUUUCUAUUGUAGAUACACAAAAUUUCCCUUGUAAUCAAGAUUUAAUUGUGAAAGAAGUACAUUGUUUGUCUGAGAAACCAAGCACAAUUUUCGAAACUGAAAAAGAAUUUGCAAACAUUGAUGUUAACAAUGAAACAUUGAUUACAAAAGAAAUUGAGAAAGUGAAUUGUUUAUCUGAUUCGACAAACGAGAUAAUACAGAAUGAUUUAAAACCAAGUGAUGAAGUUUCAAGUUGUCAGCCAUCAGCUCCGAAUGAAAUUGAAAACAAUGAUCUAUCAUCUGAUUUAGAGAAUGAAAAAUCUACUGUGGAAAGUAGUCUGAAACAGAAUGAUGAAAUAUCUUGUGGUCAGUCAUCAGUUCUGAAUGAAAUUGAAAAAAGUAAUGAUUUAUCAUCUGAUUUGGGGUAUGAAAAAUCUAGUGUAGAAAGUAGUUUGAAACAGAAUGAUGAAAUAUCUUGUGGUCAACCAUCAGUUCUGAAGGAAGUUAAGAAAAAUGAUUUGUCAUCUGAUGUGCCAAAUAAAGAAUUAAUGAUGAAAAAUGAUUUAAAAGCUAGUGAUGAAAUUUCAUGUUGUCAGCCAUCAAAAAAUGAGCAUACAAGCAGUGCUAAACAAGCAACUAAAAUAAUUGAAACUAAAUUAGAUCGUUCAAUAGAUAAAUUAGAGGCUUGUGGCAAAGUUCCAAACAAAAAAUUAGUUGCCGGUGCCUCAGUUUCGGUCGAGAAAAAAGUAACAGCUUCAAAAGUGAAAGUGUUUCGAAAAAAUGUGAAUGAAAUGAGUGUUGCUCCUCAAGCUGUUACAAAAAGCAGCAUAGCAGAUGGGAAUGUUUCAGUAAGCAAAGAUGUAAAAUCUGCUGAUAGUUCUGUAAAAAAUGAUUCAACCACAAAAGAGGUAUCCAAAGGGAAAGCUACAGAAAAAUGUGCUGUAAAAAAUAGCUCGAGUGUAAAUGCAUCAAAAACAGUUCGAAAUGGAAUGGAUGCUAGUACUAAAUCCAAAUUUGUUGCUGAACGGGCUGCUUCUGGCAAUGGAAAUUCAGAAAAAGUGAGUCCUCCUUUAAAAUCAGCUACUAAUAAAACUGUAAGUUCUAAAGGGAGCAUCAUCAAAGAUCUGACAAAUACAAGUGAUAAAAAGCAUUUAAAAUCUAAUCACUCUGAAUCAGCUAUAAAAAGGAACAUAUCUUAUGUUUCAGCCCUAAGUUCAAGAAAUCAGCUGUCUAAACCUGCAAAUACAGAAAAGAAACCCCCAUGUCGAACUAUUUCCCAUGCUGUAAAACUACCUCAGAAGAGUGGAUCAAUGUCAUCAUUAAAUAAAAUAUCUUCAAAAAGCUGGGUUAUGAAAACAUUAAGUGUUGAACAGAUACCCGAGACUGUAAAAGCUAAUCUUGAAGAAGACUCUGAUGGAUGGGAAACAGUACGUGGCAGAAAUAGGUGCAGAAAUUCUCCUGCUAAGAAGAUUCCAUAUAGCAAUGAAAAAAAGGAGAAAGAAGCAGCUCAAAUUGCAAAGAUGAACCAAUCACGGAUCGGAGGUUUUCCAUACAGUACUAAAAAUAGUUCUCGAGCUCCUCUUAAAGGUCCUCAAAAGUCCACUGUAGAAUCACAAAAAAAUAAAGAAAACAAAAGUAUUAAAAAAGUUGAAGCAAAAUUGUGUAAACAAGACAACUCAUUGAAAAGCUCUGAAGAAAUGAAUGCUGUUAAUGCAACUUCAAAUGUUCACAACAAGGAAAACUUAAAGCAAUUAUCAAAAGUUGAUAAGAAUGUAGUCCUUUCAGAUUUUAAUGAUGAUAAAAAUGAAGACAUAAACCACAUUACUAUGAACAAUUUAUCAACAAAACAAAUAGAGAUCAAAAGUAAACAGUUCAACAGAAAUCAAGAGUUAAAUACACUAAAGUUGGACUUAAUAACAAGUUAUGACAACAUAAGUAACAAACCAAGCCAUACUGUUUCAAAUCGGCUGAGAAGGUCAUCCAGUGUUCCGGAUAUAAGUUCUGAUAGUUCAGAGAUGUUUAAUUCAGUGAGCUCCUUUUGCAAUAGUGAUGAAUCUCUUUGUUCAGAGAAAGGCAAACCUAUGUUUAGUAAUACAAUGAAUGCGAAGUCCAUUGAGGUAUCCUGGAAACGAAAUGGUAAAGUAACACGUUCAUUUAGUAAUGACACCUCAAGAAGAUUAAAUCAUAGUCUUGAUGGAAGUGAGAACGGAACGACAUCUGACGAUCAAGAUGGGCAUACCUCUCAUGAUGAAGCAUUUGAUAUCAGUUGCCAAGAGCUUAACGAUGCAGAAUGGAAAUAUAAAAUUUUAGCACAACAAGUUCAUAAGCUUGAAUUAUCAUGGGGAGAACAAAUGGAUUUAUUUGAUAUGGAGCUCAGAACCCCAGGACGAGCUUUAGAGAUGCAUGAAAAAUUAUCUUCACCUUUUCGGAAAAAAUCUCUUUUGGAAUCUAUUCGAUUGUGUAAAGAAAAACAUUUAAAAGCUCAAGAACAGAGAAAAAGGUUACUAGUAGAAAAAUCCCAAAAGUAUAAGGACAUAGAAAAGAAGAGACUUGAAAUGAAAGCACUGCUUGAACAGAAACAAGAGAAACAACGUAUUCUCAUGGAACAAAAGCUUGAAAGAGCAGAAGAGAAACGAAAGAAAAGGUUACAGAUGAUCAUUCGCAAAGCUCAUGAUGAAGAAGAAAAGGUGAAUGAAAUAGCAUUCAUUAAUUCUCUAGAAGCUCAAAACAAAAGGCAUGACCUCAUAUCCAAAGAAAAAGAUCAUGAAGCUCGGUUGCAUGACAUUCAGGAAGAACGGCAAAGAAGACAAGAAGAAAAGGCAGCUAAAGAAGCUGCUGCUGAAGAAAGAAGAAAAAUUCUUGAAGCUGAAAGGCAAGCUAGAUUGAAUGAAAUGCAAGAAAAAAGAAAACUAAAAGACCAUAAAGUAGAGCAGUUACUUCUUGUAAAAGAGAAAGAAAGACAAGAACUUGCUAAUCAAAAAGCCAGAGAUCGGGAACUAAGAAUUUCGGCAAUGAAUGCACAACAGCAGAUUACGAUUGAAGAAUUGCAGAAGAAAAUACAGCUUAAGCAAGAAGAAAGUGCUCGUAGACAUGAAGAAAAUAUGGAACAAAUUAGGCAGAAAGCUUUUGAACUUAGCAUUCAAAAAUGCUCUUCCAAUAAUGAUGACGUUCCUCAACCUGUGCCUUAUAAAACGAAGAAAAUAUGUACAAUGUGUAAUGUUUUGAUUGGUUCUGAAGUAUACUUAUUGAGUCAUCUACGAGGGAAGAAACACCAGGAAGCUGUAAAAGUACAAUAUCAGGACAAAGAUCCUUCUGCAGAAGAACUGGAAUUAUAUAAUUUGAAGCACAUUGUUGAUGCAUCAACGGAUCAGUUAGAUCCAAAUAUUGCUCUUGACAAAGAAAGACAGAAAGCUUUGAAGAAGCGUUGCAAAAGAUUGAGACAGAGAAUGUCUAAUAGGGGUCAAGAAUAUAUUUCUCAGUUAGAAAAAAAUACAGAUUCUAAUAACUACAAUUCAAAAUCAAAAUUGAUUAAAAAUAUCAGUGACUUGAAGAAACUUAUUUCUCUUUCAAAUAAAAGUAUCAAUGACAAUAAUUUGCUUUCAUCUCUGGAGCGUCACUUGAGUGAAAUCGACAGUAUAUUAGGAAAAAAACUGGAUCAAGAUAAAAAAGCGUUUAAAACUACUGGCGGCAUAUCUGUUCUAAUUGAUAUUUUUAAUGUAGUUUUGAACACAUCAGCUGAAAAGUCCACUUUUAUGCAUAAAAAGAUAAUGAAUCAUGUAAGUUCCACUGCUGUAUCAGCAGUAGAAAACUGCUUUGAUAACUCUGUUUACAUUUUAUUCAGCAAUAAAAUUGGAAGCCUUUUGGAUUCCUUAAAUAAAAGACUUAGUGUAUUGAUGCCAGAUAGUUACAAUCAAGUAGCAAAUUCAUUUGUGAAAACAUCAGGACCAAAUAUUCCAGUAGAUAGCAUUGCCAGUCAUUUGCUACCCUUUUUGGCCAAUAUUUUAUCUGCAUUAUCUGCUAAAAACAACCAAUUGACUUUGCUUAAUGGUCAUGAAGAUAGCAGUUGUCAAAAGGAGAAUAAGCCGGAUGAGUUUCAAAUUAGAAUUCAAGAUGCAAUAAGUUAUAUUGUGAGCAUUGGGAUUGUUGAUAAACUGUCUCAGUAUUUCCACAUAAUUCAAGGCCCCAUAAGUAAUGAAAUAGAAGUUGCUACUUUUCUUCUACAUUGUAUAGAAUUCUUGACUGCUCUGAUAAAACUCUAUUCUGAUUGCUUUACUUCAAGUCAGGAUAGCAAAACUGAUGAUUCAACUCAAUUAAUUGCCACAUUUAAGGUAACUAAUAUGAUUGGUGCUGUGUCUCUUCUUUAUGGGCUUCUCCUCCACAAUGGGGCAUCAUCACGUAGCGAGACUCCUCCUUCAGAACUGCCAAAGGAAAUGGAAACUUUGGCUUUUUCAACUCUUUGCAUGUUAAAUCACAUAGCUGUUAUGAAUCUCCAAGCUUUUCAGACUAUUUUAGGCAGCGAAGGCUUAUCCUUACAAGUUCGGCACAUUACUAGUCACUUAUUAUGGUACUGCAGCCAUUGGACUUCUGACAAAUUAUUACACGAAGUGAUAUUGCUUGUUGGGUACUUCACUGUUCUCAAUCCAGAUAAUCAGUCCUUAAUUCAAGCGGGCCAACGUCCUACUGUGCUCCAGCAGCUAUGUUCAUUACCAUUCCUUUACUUCAGUGACGACGAACUGACAGAUAUAUUGUUUCCCACCUUAAUAGCUUGUUGCUACAACAAUUCCAGCAAUAAAACAAUAUUAGAGCAAGAAAUGUCAUCUGAACUUCUUUCCAAUUACAUAGAAGUGAAAUAUAUGAGUGUAGAAGAUUUUUCAUGUAAUAAAAAGACUAAACAUGUUAUUUCCAAGAGGUGGCUAUUUUCUGUGCGGUUUCCAAAAAAUCGCUGGUCGUCUGCAAAGCAAUAUUUUUCUGUUACAGAAACAUAGUUUGUAAGGUUCUGUUCACGGCCAGAUGUGGCACACAGGCCAAAUCGAAAGCAGCAUCUUAUACAACUCUUGUGCAUUUACUUUGUCUUUGUAGAAUCUCCUAAGCUAACAUUUUGGACUAAUUGCAAUAACUGUACAAAUUUAUUUUUUGUAGUAAUAAUAAAAGUGUACAUAUGAACC